CUGGGACAUAACCAACAAUUUUAUCGGUAUUGCUUUUUUUGCACUAUCACUCUACUAUUCAUAUUGUUUUAAAAAUAUCAAUAUCAAAAAUGGCAUGUAAAAGAUCUUCUGAUGAACCUUCGGAAUGCAACAGCUUUCUUCAAAGCUCUAAACGGAUGGGCCAAGUUGCAACGCAUAUUCUUACUGCAGAAUCAGAAGUAGAAAUUGAUUUUAAUACAUCAAAAAAAACACAAGAAAACUCCUUUAAGUCAACAAAACAGAAAGAGAAAAAAAAGUUUAUCUUUGAAGAACCUUCUUUACCAUCAUUACCAUUGUGGGAGCCACCAAAGCUUCCUGAUUCCGAUUCAAACUUUUUGUCCGUCUCUGCCUCAAUGGAUCAAGUAGAUGACUUGCCAGUUACACAGAUAGUGUUUCCAUCAGAAAUGCGUUCCAUGCGUUCAAUUUUAGACACUAAUCAUGGUAAUAAAGAAAAUAUUAAUAUAGAUUAUUUACCAGCUAAUUCAGUUGAAGAGUUUGACUCACUAGAAAAAAAAAAUUAACUCUUAUGAUAAAGAUAUCAUUUGCAGAAAGUUAGAGCAAAUUGGUGGGAGAAAUGUAAGUGACUUUUUAAAAAAUGCUUUAAAAACUUGUUUAACAGACAAGCUGUGCUGCAGCAUUAAUCGAACUGGUGCAGAUAAAAAGAGUAAGUUUAUAGGACCAGUCGAAAGUUUGAUUUUUCAUGCAGCUUACUGUUUAUUUCCAACUGCCACUGAAUCCAGUAUGACUACAAUAAUUGCGAAACACUUGAAAAAGUCUAAAGAUCGUUAUUUUGUUACAAGAAAGAGAAGUUCUUCUUUAACAAGUGAUAUACAAAUACACAGUCCUGUUAGAAAAAAAAGAAAUUUAAACACUGACUCAUGUAGUGAUUUCAGUUAACUUAAUUUUUUUGUUUAUUUGUUCUAUUAUUUUUUAUUGACUUUUUUUUUUA